AUGGUGGGCAUUGUAUAUCAUGUUGCAAGUUCUUUUGCAGGAGCUCUUUGGUCGACCACUUGUCAUCUCCUUGAUGCCUUGGUCGCCUCCCAAGAGCGACUCGAGAAGAGAGCAGUCGGCCACGCACCGAACUCGGAGACGUCCUCUACGUACGAUCGAGCCCUUGAUUCCAAACAGCUCCUUAGAAGAUCACGCCAGGCCGAGAGCAGCCACGACUUGCGCGCUUCAUCCAAACCUGUAUCAAUGAAGCCUCAGACCCAACAUACAGCAUCACUGGACGAUCAAAACGUCGGCUAUUCACAAGUCCAUCCACUUUUGAACACCGACCAUUUACGAAAACCCCGUCAUUCUCAAUCUAUGCCAAACCUCAUAGGGCCGAGCAGGGAAAGGCGACACAAGUCCACUAGGCCCAGGAGCAUGAUAACAACAAGCCAAGAACCCUUCGUCGACCCGACUCACAUCACCGGCAACCCGAUCAUCUCCCGAAGCGAAACUAGUCGGCUUCCCACGUCCCCACUGACCAUGAGGGGAAGUGUGACUGGCGGUCGGCAUGUGGGAAAGGUCACGGAUAAUGAGUGGAAGGCAUCGAAUAAGGCGUUGAUGAUGGUUAGGAGGAUGGGCUAG